CUCUGCUUCUCUCCUAGUCUCUGCAAACUUUUCUUUUCUCAGCAACUCCAAUGUCGUCUUACACAGUUGUCAUGGCCCCUCUCAGGAACAGUCCUACCAGUCUGGAUGCAUUGCGUUUCUUCCUAUGGGUGAAGAAACUGAAGGACUUGGAGCGGGAAAAGGACCUUCUGUGGAUGGGAUUACAGGCUUUAGAGCAGGUGCGGGAGACGUUAUGCUUGAACCUAGAGGAAAAAAUGCAAGCACGAGACACAUCCAGCAAAAAAGAGAUGAGAAACGUUUUUCCAGAUUCUCUCCUGCUGUCUCAGAUCCACAGAGUGAAUAGGACCUUGAGGAAACUGCUGUAUGACUACAGGAAUCACACUGAUCCUGCAAUAGAAGGUUUUGAAGUGAAGCAGCCCUCUCCUGUCUAUUCUGAAGAAAGUGCUUGCUUUUGAUCCACUAUUUUGCUUGUAAUGUUUUUUUUUGUCAUUGACUGCUUGUAAAUUAAUAAUUUUCUGUACAAUAAAGGAAACAAAUAUGCUCGA